AUGGACUAUCGUCAACUGGCUGUCAGUUGUCCGUGGUGCCCAGAUUCUAAACACUACCGACGAGCAGUCGACCUUCGGCAGCACGCAAACGCCGACCAUCUGGAAAUGUUAGAGGGGACGCCAGAUGGAAUACUGUCGGAAAACAAUUGUUACUGGGUGGCGAAGUUUCCAGAUACAUAUGCCUCAGUAAUUAACCCAACAAAAGCUGAUUCAUUAGAAGCCCAGGCCGUCACAAAAUUACUACACAAGAAGAAACAAGAUUUAGUCGUUGGUUCAGAACAGGAAGUAGAAGAUGAAGUAGAACUAGGGAAACUCGUCUUGUCGUCGGAUAACAUCAAGGCAGUUUUCAAUAUCGUCGGUGGUGAUGUAGGAGAAUGGUAUGAGGCUACUAUCAAACCGGAGACAAUGGGAAACCAAACAGCCAAACUCUUGGGAAUACCUGAGGAGUAUGUAGAGAAGAUGGGAUCCGUUGUGGCCGUUUUUCCUGGCGGCCAGGAAGGUACGCUAGGUGACGCAGAUCUUGCUGACGCUACUGCUUCUUGGUCCCCACUGAAGACGCCCGACAGCAACAGCAUUCAGCUGUUGUCUGUGAGCCUUCGGGGGUGUAAACCGUUAUGGAAAUCGACAGAGAGACGUGGAGAGGCAAUUGGGGAGAAUUGUGUCAGGGAAGGAAGAUAUCGAAACAGAAUAGAAUGGAGGGGUAAAGAGAUGGAAAGGGUAGAAAGGAGAAGUAAGGACAGCGAAUCAGAAGACCGACGUAGGAAGGAACAAUUACCUAGAGCAGAGAGAAGAAAGUGGACGGGAGGAAAGAGAAAGGAUGGAGAGGGUAGAGAUGAGGAAACGCCGAGAGAGGGAAGAAAGGGGGAGAUUGUAAAGAGAAGAGAAGAGGAAGCGUCGGGAGAGAGAAGAAAGGGGAAGAUUAGAAAGAGAAGAGAAGAGGAAACGUAG